CGCUCUCCGGCGGCACCUCCGCCGCCCACGUUAACCGGGUCUCAGCUUCCUUCUGAGAUGACUUCAAGGCAAGCCGGAGCAUCAGACCACAAGGCAGUGAGCACCACAAAACAACGAUAUCUGACUAGGAAGGCACACCAAGUACACUCUCCGCCAAUGUACCAGUCAUCCAUCACAUCUUCUUGGACAAGUCGACGAUACCAUCACCGCAAGGUUCCAUGACCGGUAGAGAGUGUAGCUUGCGAGCAUGGACUUCUUUAAGAGCUGCAAAACAAAUGUGCAGCGGAUUGACGAGCUUUGGAAAACGACUUUCACCAAGUAUAACUGGGCAGGCGAACAGCAGAACCUGGAGGAGCUUGUCCUCGAGCUACAUGAGCAGGGUGUCCUUUGUGCCGCAGUGUCUCUUGAACUCUGGCUUUUCGGGUUACCGGGAGCGCAGCGCACCAAUAGUGCCAGGAAUGAGGGACUGCAAUUUCACGAGUUCGGCACGCUUGAGGACUCGCCUGGGCUUUGCGCUGCAGACGGCAGCAGUGUGAGAGGCGUGCUGUUGGCCGCGAUUGAAGUUGCGAUUGCGGCAAGGCUCGCUCGCACUCAACUCACGCUGCGGGUCGGACCCUGGACAUGGCUGUUAAGGCACAGGUCCGACGCGGAGUUUGCUGAAGGGUGCUGUCUGGUGUUGCGCAUAGAGACAAGGCUUACUGAUCUCGGAUCGCUUUACAUCACCACGACCACGCGGCCCACAAGGCUUGCGACGCUUAGUGGUCGGGAUCCAGUCAAUGCUGCGCUGCUUAUUGCUCCUGGUGGACAGAUUGUAAGCCUUACCUCGGCAGCGAGCGCGAGCGCGACGCUCCUAGACGGUGCACGGUGGCACGAAAUUGUCACGGCCGGUUUGCGAAGAGACGGCCUCUCUGUCGCUUCUGGCGAGCGUUGGGUUCGAGUGCAAACUGCACCUUUGGAGGAUACAUUUACGUGGCCGGAGUCUCUGUGUUUCGUGAUGCUGAACUCACCCAGCCAGGCUCCGGAACUGACACCCCACGACUGGCGACACUAUUUCGACCGUUUCGAGGAAGACGAUGGUUUCAAGCAUCCACUCGCCGUUGCGGAAGACUGGUUCAACGCUGCUGAGGAUCAAGGAGUACCUGGCGUUGAUAAUCCUCCUCAGACCACGACCGGGGUUGAAGGAGCAGCUGCGCUGAAUGAGAACCUCAUCGCCGAGAACGCGCUUGUGACCUCACCACCCUUCAACCAGCGUACUGCGGAUCAACAAGCAGCAAUGAGCGGAAUAUAUCCUACGCCUCCUGAUGGCUUCUUACCCGGUCAAGCUUCACAGCAGCCAGUGUCGGAUCCUGUAACCGCUAACAUCUCUCAUGGCGACAUGGAGGCAGUAGCCACUGACCUUCAGAUGACUAGCGUUGAGCAGCAGCAUGAGAGAAGGCAACAGACUUCCUCAACUGACCUUUCCAGCGUCCACCGGCACGCUUCCGAUGACCUAUUCGGAGAUAUGGGUGGUGAGAUGGACUUUGGUGGUGAUGAGGUCGGUGACGCUGACUUUGAUUUCUUCAACGAGGAUGGGAAUGAUGCCGAUGAUCGGCAGGCUGGUAGCGAAACACACGCAGAGGGCGUGCCUGUAGAGCACAUGCGGGAAGACACGUCUCCUAUUGCCGCCAACCCGAACUUUCCGAUGGAUGCAGAAUCUUACGCUCUUAAUGUCGAACAACCGUCUACAGACACCGAAGCUUCGGCAGCGGGCAGCGGAGCUACUCCGGGUGGCAACGUAGAAGCCCACAGUUUCACGGCAGAGCCUGUCCAGCCACAUGCUGGCCGAGACGCCCUUGUCGGAAGGCCCUUAAGCCCGUUUGGCAUUAAAGAGCGUCUGUUACCGCCGCCGGUCCCAGCAAGCAUGCAGUUCAAUACUCCGCUCCAACGCUCAGGCCUUCGUCGCAGCGGCAUCUUUGAUCCCAUGCCCUUCAAGGAGAGCUUGGAGCUUGGCGGUCCCUUCGCGUCGCAGUAUGGACGUGUAGCGAGUGGUCGCGACUACGUCAUCAAACAGCGUAGCCAGUUUGAUAUAACAUUACCGCCAAGACGAAAGCGAUCUGAUCUUAACCUCCGAGCGGAGGCUGCCACGGAUUCCUCUGAUGAGUACAGCGAUAGCGACAGCGAAAACGACUUGUACGAAUCUGCUUCAAGCGUCAGUGACGAGAACCUUCCGCCAAAGGCUCCAUGGUCCACCAAGAAGAGAAAGCGGGAAGACUACGAAGCCGUGCUUUCGGAUGGCACUGUCACUGCAGGUCUUGAUUGGACCUUGCGACAAGCCGGACCAGCGGCGGCAUCAGGUGAAGUCAUGCGUUCAAUGCUUGACCGGCUAGUAGGUGCUCGCGCCGGUGCCGACGUUUGGCUGAGCAGCUCACGGAUGGAUUCAACAGUACCCGAUGACAUGCUCCCGCCAAUCCAAGAUGUCUUACAGCUCACGAAAAUGGAUCUGAUCUACACAGCGCAACUGGUCAGUGAGCAAGCCGUGUCUUGCUCACCGAGCAUCGUGCGCUCGCUGGACAUUCUUCCAACAGAUCACAAGCGCGAAUUGGCUGUGCAAUCAGCUGUUCGGGAAGUCACUGAAGAAACGAUUCGAGAUCUAGUCACCGGCAUAGCGCCCUGCGAAAUUGCGGAGAUUGCUCUGAUUCGCGAGCCGCUGAACAAGAACAUGCCGGCAGCAAGCAAUCCACGUCCCGGUCAACCUCGCCCACCACAGCGAGCGAACACUACCGAGCUGGGGCCGGACAUUGCAGCCAUUCUGCCGCCAUACGUGCGUGUGCAGCGUGGCAACGACGCCUACGAGAUGCUGCCGCCUGCUUUGGAUUUCUGGGAGACGCUAAGUUUGGCGCCAGUGAAUGGACAGAAAGAUGUACGCGCUUACUGCAUCUUCCCACUUAACGAAGACUUGCAGCGCUUGGCCGAGGGCUUUAUUGCGGAUCUCGGUACGGCAUACGAGGGCUGCAAGCUCGGCACGCAUGCUCACAUUAGGAACGUUAGCGAGGAGAAUGAGCUAGAUGACUAUGAGGAUGGGCUCGCACCUGUCGAGCUGACAGAUGACGACACCCUAGUUGGAGCCAUCAAGGCUUAUGCCGCGGUCUCUGUCAAUCUGGGCAAGUUCCUCGCGAGCGUGGCAAGCCUGGAGACGGAUCGGACGAUAGUCGUCUACCUGAUCAACCCGUUCCAGCACCCUCGUGCGGCGCGGUACAUUUGCGCUUGCUUCUGGCUUCUGUGCAAAGCCUAUCGAGACAACGUUCCUAAGAAUCAGCGCAGCCAGCAACAAAGCGAUGUGGCUUUCCAACUGCUUCCGAUUGAGCUGAUUGCCUGUCCGGACGGAAUGGUCAUGCUGGACGCGAAGCAGCUUGCCAACAUUGCGAGGGAGGUAUACGACCGAUGCCCGCCCACCACGAACAGUGGCGCGGAAGCCAAGGCUGCGCUACCCAACUACGCAGCGCCGUUUGUCGAGCUGGCAUGUCCACCGCCUAAGAGGAUUGGGUUUCAGCUGGUCGCGGAGCCUCCUGGCGAUCUCUUGCACGAAGGCUCGGCGCUUCACCUUGCGUACGCCGUGAGCGCAGACGGGAAGUGGAUGACCGUGGCUUGGACGGACAGCAGCGGACGCAACCAGAGUAAUUCGUCGUUCUGUCUUUGCGGCCGAACCUUUGCCAAUGUGCUGGUGGAUAUCUGGGAGCGGACGCGCGGGAUUAUGGCUGCAAGGGAAGCGACGUGGCGGGUCUUUGUUGUGACGGAUGGUCCGAUCGAUGACUCGAUCAGCCGCUGCUGGCGACAGACCGUGCAGAGCCCACGCAAGCAGGCGUUCAGCGUGACCUUGCUUAGCGCGAAGCUCGACAUGGGUCUUCAACUUACACCUCACUUCCUCACCACCGGAGACACGACAGGCACGGUCGCAGCCACUACCACUGGCUUCCUGACUCCUGGGUCGACGCCGCAGGCUGCGCUCACGACUGUUUCGCCAGAGGCCGCCACUCAUGCCGCCCCUCCCACCCCGGCCCCCAGCGAUGCAGCGGUGGCCUCUGCGGAGCCAGAUCCUGACGCGCACUUCGUCGAUCUCGCAGACGAGACAUGGGCCGUCGUCUUCUCGCAGCCGAACUUCCUACCGAGCUCACCUGUAUCCACGACGCCAACACCAAGCGUGAAUGGUCUCGCCCAAGGUGCAUUAUUCAAGCGCGGUGAAGCUGGGCUUGACGGCGUCGGAGUCCCGGGCGACCAUCUCCCGUCUCUCGGCGUCACCUUGCUGUGGACGGUGCAAGUUCGACCAAGCGGCAGCGUGGACGAAGGUGGAGCGAAGCAAGCCGAGAUGGCGCUGAGGGAGAUGCUUAAGCUGUACAGGCAUCUGAGUGUUUUGACGCGCGCGCGUGGACUUGGUGAUGAUGGGGUGGGUGGGAGUGGGGAUGGCAAUGGGAAUGCAGAUGCGUGUGUGCCGUUCCAUUUGGUCGCUGCACGUCGGGGCGCUGCCGCGCUGGAUGGACUGUACGGCUAGCCAGUCUGACAAGCUUCCCGCAUAAGAGAUGCAGUGGCGUGUAUACUGCCGGCGGUUGGCUCACUAUCGAAUAUACCACAUGAAACUAUACACGCACAUAUUUGCUGAAGCUAAGCCGUGACAGCUGGUGCAAUACACGAACAUGUCCGUGGAUGUAGGGUGAUAACGCUGGGAUACGGAAGGUCAUC